AAACUCAUCAAAACCUCUGCCUGUAUAAAGAGAGAACUGAGCAAGAAACUUAACUAUUUGUUGCCAUCCAAGGAUGGCAAAGAUUUAACAAAAUGUUUUCUGCUACAAGUGGUAAAUAUUCUUCUGCACUACAUCGGGAAAACUUUUGAUGUUAAGAGUAAAAUAUUGGACUUUCAUCAUCCUCAUCAACUUCUUGAAGGUUUGGAUGGGUUUGACUUAUACCUGUCUGACCAUCCUGAGUCUCUGGAGCAGUUGCUUGGUUAUUGCACAGAUGCCUUAAAAUAUGGUGUUAAAACAGGACAUCCACACUAUUUUAAGCAGCUCUCCAGCGGGCUAGAUGUGAUUGGACUUGCAGGGGAAUGGUUGACAGCCACUGCAAAUACCAACAUGUUUACCUAUGAAAUAGCUCCAGUAUUUACUGUCAUGGAAACAAUUCUUCUUAAGAAAAUGUGUGAAAUUAUUGGCUGGAGAGAAACAGAAGCAGUUGGAAUAUUUUCACCUGGUGGGAGUAUAUCAAAUCUCUAUGGUAUAUUAGUAGCUCGUUAUAAGCAAUAUCCAGAGAUAAAAACAAAAGGCAUGACAGCACUUCCAUGCAUUGUAUUAUUUGUUUCUGAACAAGUAAGGUCAUUAUUCAGUAAAAAAAAAGCUGCAGCAAUCCUUGGUAUGGGAACUGAUAACAUAAUUGAAGUAAAAUGUGAUGAAAGGGGAAAGAUGAUUCCAGCUGAGUUAGAGAAAAAUAUAUUACAAGCUAAAAGUAAGGGCCAAACUCCUUUUUAUGUCACUGCCACAGCUGGCAGCACAGUGUUCGGGGCCUUCUACCCACUCCACGACAUCGCAGAUAUUUGUGAGAUGCACAAGCUCUGGAUGCAUGCGGAUGCAGCUUGGGGAGGUGGAUUGUUGCUGUCCAGAAACCACUCCUCUAAACUCAGUGGCAUUGAAAGGGCCAACUCUGUGAUCUGGAAGCCACAUAAACUCAUGGGUAUCCCCCUUCAGUGCUCUGCUAUCCUGAUUGGGGAAAAGGGUCUUCUGGGAGCAUGUAACCAGAUGCAAGCUGGAUACCUUUUCCAGCCUGAUAAACUCUACAAUGUUGACUUUGACACUGGGCAUAAAAGUAUUCAGUGUGGCCGACAUGUUGAUAUCUUUAAGCUCUGGUUAACAUGGAAGGCAAAGGGAACCUAUGGCUUUGAGGCACAGAUCAACAGAUAUAUGGAACUUGCAAAAUACUUUUAUAAAGUUUUAAAGAGAAAAGAUAACUUUAAGCUAGUAUUUGAUGCAAAGCCUGAGUUCACCAAUGACUGCUUCUGGUACUUCCCACCAAGACUUAAACAUAUCCCAAAAAGUUUGGAAGAGAUCAAGAACUGCAAAAGAUUGCUCCAAAGAUUAAAGCACAAAUGAUAGAGGAAGGCACAGCCGUGCUAAACUACCAGCCUUACG